CGACAGGACUCCCCGGUCCCGUCAGUCGCAGUCAGUCGCCAGUACGUUUACGUGUAAGUUCUCAUCACUCCUUAGUCAGUACACCGGGCGAAACCAAACCUCAUUACCUCCGCAAAUCCUCAAGUUCACAAUGAAAAGACCUCGACCAACGAACGAAUUGAUUCUGCACGUUAUAGUUGCAGUUCUUAUAUUGAACAUAGCCAAAACAGAAGUGCCACGGCCGCGCGGUGUGUCCUUAUCGCGUGCCGGACUGUACGACCCCGCGAAGGACUUCACAUGCUUCGAUAACACACUAACGAUACCAUUCGCGCAAGUAAAUGAUGAAUACUGUGAUUGUGCCGAUGGCAGUGAUGAGCCAGGCACAUCAGCAUGUCCGAAUAGUAUGUUUCAUUGCACGAAUGCCGGGCACCAAGCGUUGAACAUCUUCUCGUCGAGAGUUAAUGAUGGGAUUUGUGAUUGCUGCGAUGGUACCGAUGAGUAUGUGAGUAAAAAGUGUCCGAAUACUUGUAAGGAACGCGGACAACAUGCCAGGGAAGCAGCUAGACUCCGAGCUGAGUUGGUCAAAGCUGGUAAACAGCUGAGGAAUGAGCUGAGUGCUGAGGGGAUCAAGAUGAAACAACAGAAGAAAGAUAAACUUGUUGAGCUGCAGAAGUCUAAGAUUGAAGCUGAGAGAGUGAUGAAAGAGAAAGAAGAGUUGAAAAAACAAGCUGAAGAUUUAGAAAGUGUUGCACUGGAAGAAUAUAGAAAGAUUGAGGAUGAAAUCAAAGCUAAGAAAGCCAUAGAAGAAGCAGAGAUGAUCAGGAAAGAAGCCACUGAGACUUUCGAGAAGUUCGAUAGCAAUGCAGAUGGAUUAUUGAGUAUUCCAGAACUGCAAACAAGGCAGCCAUUCGAUAAAGAUCACAAUGGUGAAGUGAGUGAGGAAGAAGCCAGGUCAUUUUUAGACAACAGGGAAUCAAUAAAUCUUGAGGAUUUCAUUGUUUAUGCAUGGCCACUGAUGAAACCAAUCAUGAUGCGUGAACAGGGCGUUUUUAAGCCACCAGUUGGUGUUGGUGAAGUUGAAGAAGUACCUUUGAAUGAUGCAAGAGAAGUUAAUGAAGAACCGGAUGAAGAACCUGAACCACCACAAUAUGACGAUGAGGAAGACGAUGAAGAAGAUGAGGAACCAGCCGAGGAACACCACGAAGAAGAUGAAACAGAUACAAAUACUAAAGUGGAAUAUGAUGAAGAAACCCAGAAACUUGUCAGUGAAGCCACACAAGCACGCAGUGAAUUCACCGACGCCGAAGCUUCCGUUCGCAACAUCCAAUCAGAAAUCACACGUAUCGAAGAAUACCUCCGUAAGGAUUUCGGUGCUGAUGAAGCAUUCGCUGCUUUGGAAGGCCACUGCUUCGAAUACACCGACCACGAGUACAUCUACAAGCUGUGUCCCUUCGACAAAGCCGUCCAACAGGCGAAAUCCAGCGCAAUGGACACACGUCUCGGCACCUGGUCAAAAUGGACCGGUCCCGAAGGAAACCCCUAUGAAAGCAUGCUCUACGACCAUGGGCAGGCCUGUUGGAACGGCCCAUCACGCUCCACACGCGUACAGGUCUCCUGCAGCAGCGAAAACAAACUUAUUUCAGUCGCCGAGCCGAAUCGAUGCGAGUAUCUGUUUGAAUUCAGCACACCCGCUGCUUGCUACGAAGUCGAACAGCAUCCGGACGAUGUCCAUGAUGAACUCUAAAGUUGUGCACCAUAUCAUGUUGGGCGACAUUGUGAUUUUACUCUAACAUCAUUCUCUACGCGAGUAAUAAGCAUAGUUUUUCAAACGGUUUUUGAUGUUUGUACCAGUCUUACGUUUUUGUAUGUGUUGAGAAAAUGAACGAAAUAGUAAACGCAUUCCUAUUUUAUACUGUGUGUACGUAAAUAGCAAGAAUAAAGAGCCCCAAGAACCGA